UUAUUACUAUUAUGCAGCAUGUCCUGGAAUGUGCGGCCGCCAUAGCCAGGAAGGUUUUCUGGUUCGCCAUACCCCCUCGCCUCAAUGAAGGCGAAAACGGGAAGAAAAGGAUGCGUGUGAACGCAAUCACAAGGCAGCAUGUGGCAGCAAUGACAAACGUCAUCUGCUUAAAUUUGGAAGACAGGUUCCUUGGAAAAGCCAGGGCCAUGAAGCCAGCUUUCUACGGCGCUGACGGAUACCAUGUGUCCCGGGGAGCUGGCAUAAAGGCCCUGGCCAGGGCACUGAGCCUUGCCGUCAGGGCUGCUUUCAGAGCAGAAUGGCAGCCAUGUGGCAGGAAGACUGCCACUCAGAAUUGGAAAAUUCUGUACUGCGCCGCCUGCCAGGCCAAAGGCCAUGUCAGCCCUCAGUGUGAAACUUUCUUGCAAAAUGCACAGCCUUAGAGUGCAAAGCGAGCAUUGUUUAACUGUGCGAACAAACGGACCACAGAGACAGCAUGGGACAACGUCGGACUCAGACUUGCAACUUACACAAGGACGGGCGCAGACUUGC